AUGUUCAAACUCAUACAGCAAAGCGGUAAAGCGAAGUUUCAAACAAGGUCGAUUUUGAAGCGGUUCAAUUCAGCCAAAAGUGGUGGCAAUUCCGGUUCAGAUUUUCUGGAUCCAGGAAAUAACUCAGCAAUGGUAGAGAGGAUGAAACAGAUUUUGGAAGAAAAGGUCACUCAAGCCCUGUCAAACACCACAGAGUUGCGGAAAAUGAACCCUCAUAUCAACAGUAUAUUGACUGAAUACGAUUAUGGAGCCAAAGACAAGAACCAAUUUCAACAAGCCGCCCAAGCGUACAUCAAAAGUGAGCCUCUUUUAUCUCACAACAAACAUGCAAGGGAAAUUUACAAUACUAAGCCAUGGCUGGGCACUGAAUCAACUUAUGAUGCCAACCUCCGUAUGAUCUUAGAUCUGACCCCCAAACCCAUAAAUGAUCCAAUGAGUACGUUUCAGCCGAAGCGGAAAAUAUCAGCUGGUGAAAAACUUGCACUGGCAAGAGAUGGCAGUUUGGAUUACAGGAUAAACAAGAAUCCCGAGGACAAAGAGAAGGCCAAGUUUAGAGAGAUUUACAAGGAGAAGCUUUUAGGUCCAUCGAUGUUACUCACCAACUCAUCAUCGGUUGAUUUUGUCAAUAGUUUAGCCGGAAACAGAAUCAAUGCAGCUAUAGAUCAACAAACCGGGAAAUUCAAUUCACCGGAAAUGAAAAACGUAAGAGGCAAACCAUUGACUCAAGAGCAUUUAAAAAACUGUACUGAUACAAAUUAUUUCAUGAAUCAAAUAUUGAACAAGCAAGACGUUUUGCCGCCUUGGAUUGAAAAUCAGCAAAAUUUGAACAAGACAAUUACACUAUUUCGAACCGAUGUGGACCGAUUGUGGUUCAAGUGGGUGUUGAAUGAAUCUAUCAUGAAAGGUUAUAUUGAGAGGGCCACUACUCUAGAUCAAAUUCUAGACGAGUAUGAGAUGCACAUUAAUAAGAUUACUUAUGAAGACAAUAACUUGUCUGAGACUGAUUUAUCCUACAUACAGGCCAAGAUUGAUUUGUUGAAUUCUGAGAUAAGACAUUACAAUUUGCAAUGUCCCGGUGUCAGUGGUCAUAAGUUGAAGUUGGAUAAAGAGAAGGAAAUUAGAGAAUCGUAUUGGAGGACUUUGGAGAAUUUCCCCCCUCUAAUUGAAAGAUGGUUCAAAGUGCACAAGGAGGGACGAAAAUCAAAAUUGGUUGACAAUAGUGGUGGCGGCCCUUCAAGAUAUUUCAAUGCACUUAAGAUAAAAGGGUCGCCGAAUAUUCAUGAAAAUAAGGAUACAGAUACAAGCUUGCAUUUAUGGCAAGCAAUCAGAGAUGUUUUCAAAAUGAAAUAA